UAGUAGGGCUACAGCAGCUUGAAGUAUUGCUGCCAGAGGCUGGUCAGGCACGUGACCGGAGUGGGCCAAUGAGAGCCGCGUAGCGACUCGAGCUCCCCUCAAAUGACGGCCUGACUGCUGCUGCUGGCGUUCAGACAGUUCAGAGUGAUUGCAGCGAUUGUUCCAAAGAUGGCUACAGGUAGAUGUUGGUAGUCGUGUUGACGGCCUGGUUGCGGUGGUGCUCUUGGCCCUGGUCAGUUGUCCACGACGCGUCUAAGCUGGAAGCCUUUCUAAACAUGUGGAUCACAGGUAAGACGGACCAAAGCUCCCAACGAGAUGCCAUAUUCAACGACUUGUACACGGAGUGUAGGCUGGCUCCUCCAGGUGCUCGCUUGUCAUACCUGGUUCGAACCAAAAUGGAGCGUCUCAGUCGCGAGGAACGCAAAGAAAUCGUCUCGCGAGUCCAGGAAGGCUGUGCGCCACUCUUUGUGGCCUGCAAGAAGGGCAACGCGGACAUUGUUGAGUACCUCAUCACGGUGUGCGGCGCCGACCUGGAGCAGCGAGGUGUUUACGAAGUGACCGACGACCGCUCCAUCCAUUUCGUGACCCCGCUGUGGUGUGCCGCGGUCGCUGGCAAACUGGCCGUCGUCAAGCAGCUCGUCUCGUACGGCGCGAACGUGAACAGCGUGUCGGACACGGGUUCGACCCCCGUGAGGUCGGCCUGCUUCAUGUCUCACCGCGACGUGGUCAUGUUCCUGGUGAACAACGGCGCGGACAUCCUCAAGCCCAAUUAUAACGGGGGCACCUGCCUCAUCAACUCGGUGCAGAGCGUCGGCCUGUGCAGGUUCCUGCUGCGGUGCGGGGCCGACGUGAACGCGCAGGACGUCCAGUUCAAGACGGCCCUGCAUUACGCCAUCCAGGAGCACCGCUUCGACACAACGCGGCUGCUGCUUGAGCAGCGAGCAGACCCGAUGAUCCGCAGCCGCUACGGCGACGACGCCCUGCAGACAGCCUGUCUCAAGGGGGCCACAGAGAUCUUCGAGUACCUCAUGGCCACGGUGGACUACAGCCCCGCGCGGCGUGCCGACGCGGACGAGCUGAUGGGCACCACGUUCUUGGACGAGCACCACGACGUCCAGACGGCGCUGGUCUACUGGCGGCGGGCCCUGGAGCUGCGGCAGCGGGAGAACGCGCCCAAGCCGCCGCCCGCGGAGCCCCGGGCCGCCUUCAUGCACAUCGCCGAAUAUCGAACCGCCGAGGGUCUGGACAGUGUGGCCCUCGACCUGGACGCCAUGCGCAACCAGUCUCUUCUCAUAUGCGAGCGCAUCCUGGGGCCAUACCACAAGGACACCAUCUUCCGGCUCAUGUACCGCGGCGCGGCGUACGCGGACAACCUGCAGUACCAGCGCUGCAUCGACCUCUGGAAGUAUGCCCUGGAACUGCGCAUCUGCAAGGACACUCUUCUUCACACGGAGUCUGGCGUAGCUGCCAUGGCGCUUGUGCGCCUGUACCUGGACAUGUACGACAAGGGCAAAGCUGGCCUGCUAAGGGACCAACUUCAGCUGGCAGACGUGGUGCACACGACGGAGCUUCUGGUGGCGCGCUUUGCCGAGACAGCGGAGCUUCUGGCUGUGCAGCCCGUCUUUCGCCGACAGCUGGACAACUUCGACAAGAUCCUCAAGGUGCUCACACACCUCUUCUUCGUGCUUCACGCACUUCCCAAGAGCGAGGAAGAAGACGUUUCCGUACGGCGGCUCGUGGCCCGCGCGCUGGCGCAGGAGCCACGCAGUUCGAUGGGGGACACGUUGCUCCACCUGGUGGUGACGAAGAUGAACACGAUGAAGCCCACGGCCUUCUUUGAGGACUCCUACACAACCAUCUUCCCAGACGCCCAGGUGGCGCAGCUGCUCCUCGAGUGUGGUGCUGACAUCGAGGCAACCAACCAGUGCCUCAGCACGCCCCUGCAUGUGGCCUCGCUGCGCAACAACUAUCGCACGGCAGUGGUGCAGGUGCUGCUAGCGCACGGCGCCCACCUGGACCGGCGCAACGCCAACGGAAACCAGCCGCACCGCAUGCUGGCAGGCAUUGGCGAGUGCAUCGUCAAUCCCCUCCAGCACAUCACGCUGCGCUGCCUGGCAGCUCGUAAGAUCAUAGAGCGCAAGAUCGCCUACGUGGGCGAGGUACCCGUGUCGCUCGAGAGCUUUGUGCGCAUCCACUGAGGCACCUGUCGACGCAACUCUGUGGAAUGUUUUUUUUAUGACGCGCAGGUUUUGGAGCUUGUGGACCCUGUUUUAAAAGUCUUAGAGAUGAUUGUACUUGCCUGUGUGUGCGUGUGUUUUUAAAUUUGUGUUCAAGAGAUGACCCUGAUGGGAAGGCCAUCGUGCAAACCCUUCUGGCGCUGCUGUUUUCUGCAAUGAUUUUAAUUGUGCUGCACUAUUUUUUUUUUUUGUUGAGGAUGUUUGUUAGCUAAUGAUUUAAAUUGAAGAUCUGAUGUAGAGCACCCCAAUAGUUUUCUUCUUUCAGAGGUCGUUGACGGGCACUAUGAUUGUCCCAUUUCUUUUUUCUCUUUUUUUGUUGGGAGCGGGGGGAAGUUUUAGAGCAUGAUGUUUUAUCUUGCCUUCUGAAAACUUUGAUUCUUCUCAAAUAGGUACCUUACAAGCAACAAAUGAACUCAUGCCAUAAUAAAUUGGUUUUUUACCAUUUGAUCCAUUAUUAUUUCGUCCUUCCUAGGUGUUGCUUUGUUGUUAUGGUCCGGAAACUGCUUCUGGUCAAUGGAGGUGAGGUCCAUUUUGCCGCAAAGAAUGCCAGCUCGCCCUUGUUUCAUAGCAAAGAUAAAGUGCUUUGGCGAUUUGGACAAGUUGGUUUUGUUGCUCGCUCUUUACUCCUCUUUACUCGGGACUUGUUUGCAUCUGUUGGUGCGAAAAUUCGGAUCCACCGAUGCACAGCUUUCCUCGCAUACUUGCACUCAGUCAUGUGAUUGCUGUGCCAAGCUGCGCCAAAGUGCUUACACUGCCUCAUUGUGCUACAUUUUGCCAAAAUUUGUCGAAUCUGUACCAGCAUUGCAACAAAAGUCAAUUUAAAAUACUUAAAAUGGGAUAGCUUGGGCCCGGUACAUGGCGAGGUUGUUACGGUAGGCUUGUGCAAAUUUUUAUGACUCGAUUAUAGCGUCAAAUGCUGUACUACCUGAUUUCAUCUCUGUCAAGCACUGACAGUACUCUGAAGUUUCGCAAUAUUUCUCGUGUGUGGUUUGUUCAAUACUCCAUUUCAUACUUGUAUGCAACGCUGUCAAAACUACUGGCACGAGCUUGUGGCUUUAUCUCUAUGGAGUAUAGCAGGUUAGCAAAAUUCGUUGAGUGUGCUUCUCACCUCUCACUGGUGCGCUGCAGUGAAGCGACAAUCGCAAAAUGGACAUUGUUUUGCAUAUCUUGUUUCGCCACAGCGCACUCGCCUGCUAUAAGGAAGGCACCUUUCCAGGGCGGGAUGUGACGUGCGAUUUUUUAAUGAAGCUGUGGCUAUUAUAUAGGCUAUAAUGGACUGCAAUAUUUUGACGAGAUCUUUUUAAACUUAGAGAUUUAGCGAGGAUAAUUGAUUAUUGCUAAAAGAUUUGUAUGGACUGCUCCAUUGGUUUAUUUUUUGUGAACACUUGCGUAUAUUCCUAACGAGCGUGUUUGUAAGAUGUACUAGAUAACAGAAAGUAUAAAACGUAGGACAAAACACAGACGAGUACAUUUACGAGUAGUUUUGCUUAGUUACUACCUUUAUGUGACUUCAUAUCUGUUUGAUGGCGCAGUCAAUAGAGUAUGCUGAAACUAUAUUAUCUGGAGCUGUGAAUGGAAGCUUGGAAACAACCGUAACGAAUUUGGUGGUAUUGUUUUUUUAAAAAGGCUUAUAUCACAUAGCGAUUUUUGAUAAGUUUUCCAUAUAAAAUGUUAUUGCGGUCCAUAAUUUAAUACAACAGCUUUUUUAAAUUUAUUUUAAUAAUUGCAGUUUUAUUAGAACCUUUAGAACUUGAACAAAUCAAUAUCGGUGCACUAAAUUAUUCUAUUAAAAUUAUUUCAGUGGAAUAUACUAUUUGCUUUAUCCUUGAUUCUGUACCAAAAAUAACUGUGCUCUGUAGUUCAUACUGACAUUUAUCAAUCGGCAUCUAGUUGCCCUGUUUUUGCUUCUACGCACAACUAAGCAGUGUGUUCUGUGUUCGAGGGAAUCAAACCUGCCAUGCAACUGAUGCUAACAAAAGGUUUCACGAAAGUGGGAAGGCAAAAUCGACAUUGUCUUUCAGUUCCGUUUGACAGGCCAACACAUGAAUCUUAAGAUAGUAUUUCCAAUGGUAUGGAGGAAAGUGAAGUGUGUGCUUAUGCUCCGAAAGGUGCUCCAAGAAUAUUCCGACUAAUUCUAUCACUGGGCAAGUAACCAAUGUCCCCACACUUCUCAACUCAAACUCUAUGCUGCAGGCGACUUGGUUUGUAAUUGAUUAGUUGAUGAGGUCUUAUGUAUCGGGUGGAGUUGAACAACUCAUAUUGAGUGAAAUCGCUGCGUUACUCUCUAGAGAUCAGUUAGGAUUGCUUGGUCUCUAUCUUGUGGCUGGUUGAGAUAAGCAAUUUUGAACAUUUCUUUGUAGUUCCUUGUUCAAGUGCAUCUGAACAUAUUGUUUCUGAAAGUUUGUACAGCUUUUUCAAUUCAGGUGCCUGAGAGAAGUUUGGUUCCAGCAGCAUUACUCAACAUCUCUUUUGGCUUUGCCUCUUGCUUUUUAAUGAUUUCCUCGGUGCCCAUUCACACUUUGAGCGCAUUUAAAAUUUGAGCCACCAUUGCUGCCCUUCUCAUAUCUCGCUGAGAUGCCAAACCCUGCUUUGGUGACGAGCACCCUGGUGUCUAGAAAGAAAUACAAUAAUCUCUUGUGUGCCAAUAGUGAUGGAGUGAAAUCGCCAGCAUAAAAGUGCAGGGCAGCUACACCUGACUAUUCAGGGCUGUCUGACUAGAAACCAGCGUGGGCCAAUACAUAGAUCAAGCCUUUUACACAAUUAAGGUUUAAUUUUAUACGCGAAAGAAUGAAGAAAUAGGACGGGGGGGGAGCACAGAAUACAUCUUUCAACUAGCAACAAACAAGAAUCUUGUUUUAUGUAACGGGCGUAGCCGGGGGGCGGGGGCUUAUGGGGCUUCAGCUCCCCCCCCCCCCCCCCCCGGAAAUUCAGCCGACCCUCUAAUAUAUAUACACCUGCAUUUUGACCCCCUCUCCAUUUCCACACCCCAAGUCAUGGAUAUCCCAGCCACCUCACCCCGCACCCCCCCCCCCCCCGACAACAAUUCCUGGCUAGGGUACUGGUAUGUAACUAAUUUUCGUUUUAAUUUGUUGUUUUGUAAUUGCAAACCGCAUCCAUUAUUUGUACGGUUUGCAACAAUAUUUCUGCUCCAUCACACUCGCUGACGAAAAAAGAAGUUUAAUUUCUUAAACCUAAACUUUCCAGUCUGCUUCCCACACUGAUGUGAUAUUGUGUUUUUAAGGUUUUAAUUUCGUUUAUCAAGCACAAAAUGCAUAUAUUUUAGUUUUAUCUGUUUUCCAGUUCACAUUUCCCUUUUUUUAUCUCUCUCCUAAGAUUUGUUGACACCUUUGGGAGUGGUUCUGUUACAUGCUUGUUUGUUGCUAGUUGAAAGAUGUCGUGUUUCAUGCUCCAUCUUAUUUGUUUAUUCUUUUGUGUGUAAAAUUCUGCAGAAUUUGGCUAAUAUUUAUCAUAAUCAUUUAUUAUUGACGUUAUGCCAAAUUGUGUAACAUUUCAAUUGGGUCUUCCCGAAGCUUUUUCAAUGUUCACACCAGAACAAACGAGUCAGUUACUUGGAAAGUUGUGUGUGUCUAUUUUGUACUUGUUGCAUGCUCAGAAACUUUGUGGAAGAGUUGCAUUUUAUUUUUUAAUAUUGAACUUCUUAUGCUCUUUUCAUUUUCACUCUAAAGGAUCCAUUGAUAUGUUCUUUGGGAGUAAAAUUCCAAUUUGCAGCCCUCGGA